AUGGAUUUUCAAGUUACGGCUAAAAACAUUAUCCUUGCCGUGGUGUUGACUCUAAUGGACAUAGUGACAAUAUUUGGAAAUCUGCUUGUACUUCUAUCGUUCGCCAUUGAGAGACGGUUAUUACAACCAUUUAACCUUUACAUACUAAAGCUAGCAGUAACGGACUUCUUCGUUGCCAUAACGGAUGAUACGCUGCUUGGAUACUGGCCGUUCGGACGCAUCAUGUGUGGUGUGUGGAUCUACUUUGACUUUGCGAUGACAUUUGAGUUUGAGUCUGUGUUUACGUUAGUCGCUAUCUCCGUAGACCGCUUCUGGUGCGUCACAUGGGCUAUCAAUUACAAAAAAUUUAACAACCGUUGCCGAACAGUAAUGAUACUCAUUUUUAUAUGGUUUUGUGUAGAUGCAGUAUGGACACCACCCUUUAUCGCCGACAGACUGCAACAUAAUGAGGACCAUUUCUGUAUUUGGGAGCCGUCAGACAACCGCGAGUUUGUCAUAUUUGUGGCGUUAAUAGGACAUUACGCUCCUUGUCUGGUGAUGGUUUUCUCCUAUUUGAAGGUGCUCUACGUUAUGCGCCGCCAAGCAUUAAAUGUCGCAGCAAACACGGAUAUCAGCCUUCAAACUCGAAGUAGCGUGCUUACGGUAAGAACUGAUGCCAAUGCUGCCAGGGCUAGCGUGUUGCAAAAUAGUGAAUCAAGAGGUGACCGUACGAUAACUGAUAAAACCCCAAACAAGUAUUUGAGUGUCGGUAGAAGCACUGUGGGCGGAGCCUCUACAAGCCAAACUGGAAUUGGCUCGAAAGGCAGAUUGACAAAAACAUCUAAAACCUACGACUCCCGGAGGAAUCCAGUCACGAAGGAGAAUGGUGGGAAUGUUCGAGAGAGAAGGAUUUUCAUAACCCUGACUUACGUGCUCAGUAGCUAUCUAAUAUGUUGGUUCCCGUAUUACAUCGUCUUUGAUACGUACGCAUGGGCACCAGAGUUAGUCCCGGGAGAGUUGUACACGUUCUUUUUUUGGAUGACAUACUUAAACUCGACCCUGAAUCCGUUUAUAUACGCCUAUACGAGUAAAGAACUUCGACAAGCCUUUAUGAAGGUUUUUAGGCGUGUUUAUCGAUGUAGGCCCUGA